AUGAUUUCCAAGGCUGCUGUUCUCGUUGGUGCCACCUUGGCCGUUACUUCUGCCUUUGCGCAGGAGCCAUUCACUCCUCUCGCUGAGAAGCGAUUCGAGUACACCGCUCUGCCUUACAAGGCCGAUACUGGCACUGGCGAGCGUGGUACUCAGUUCGGUUAUAACAUCUGCAACUCGACCACCGAGGGACAGAACUCGCUCUGCCAAACCUCGAUGAUCAACUCGAUCGAUGACUUUUGCUUAUGGGGACCGCCCGAGCCUAAUUCCCUCAUUGGGGACACUGAAGGUGAAGCUGUUGCUUGGUGCACCAAGCCUGGUCGUGGUACCCGCCUUAUCCCGGCUGGUGCUUUGACAGGUGUUCAGUUUAUGAGGACUCCUUCCUAUGUUCAGGUCACCGGUCGUAUCAGGCAAGAGUUGAUCAACAUUGAGAAGAAUGAUUCUGGAGGAGAGAUGGACCCACACGGAGCUGAUCGACGUGGUAACCCUCUUGGUGGAUUGUUGUUCUCAAACGCGUUCCCCAGCAACAAUGGCAACAACAAUACUUACCAGCAAGUAGUCGAAUGGCACAACUUCAUGGGAGAAGGACUCUUCUGUCUCAAGGCAUGCGACCCCACAGACCCCAAUGACGACAGGUACUGCGAACACAUCUACGAUCGUAUUGGUUGCUGGCGUAACGCCCCCGCCGCAUACGUUGACGGCGCUUUCGAGUCGUGUGAAGGAGAGAAUCAGGACUUCCCCGGUAUUUAUACGGAUUCGGCUGGCGUUGUUCAGACAUACAGCCAACCCCCCGAGUCGCUCGGCCCGAUUACAACCGUCCCUUAUGACCCUAAGAUCCCUGCAUCGUCCAACUGCGUUACCUUCCAGAGUGCUGCGCUCUACACUGGGCUACCCGGUGCAGCCACCCCCUCUAGCAGUGCAGUAACGACCAGUGCCCCUGCCGUUACUGGUAACGGUGCUGGGACACGUGCCGGUGGGACUCCCGCAUCCACAACACCUACCGGCGGUGCCAAUGUUGGCGCAUCGACUAGCGGUGCCGUAGGCUCCUCUGGUUUCACUUUCCUCGCUACUGCCUCUGUCGCUUUCUCCGCUCUCGUUGGCGCUCUCGCCGUCCUUUAA